CGUAGUUUCAAAAGGGGUGAUCUUUUUUGCAUCGAUGCUGCAUUCUUGCUCAGUUAUACUAUACAGAUACGAGUCCAAAGUAGCGGGUAACAGUCAGUUCUUAAUGUAAAAAUCUUGGUUGUAUUUCUUAACUUAAUAAAAAAAAAACACAUUUGUGAGAAUUUAAUAAUUUUUAAAUGGUAAAAAGUGUUGUGUGUUAGAUACAACAGAAUGGAGUAGUAUACAUUCCCAUGCAAUGCUAUAUUUGAAUAAUAUAGUUUUGCUUCGUUUUUGGUUUUGAAUAGGCAUAAAGAGCAAAUUUUGGUUUUUGGCGCCAAGGCUCUAAGCUUAGUUGUGUGGUGUUACAAAACAUUCAGACAUAACCUCAACAUUAUUAUAAUAGUAUAAUUUGUGAAUUGCUGAAACUUUGGAAGACAACAAAGAAAUAAGUUGACAUUAUUGGCGUAGUUUUGGUUAGUUAAAUUUCGAUCAAAUUUAAGAGCAUUUAUUCUUGAAAUAGAGCUCUUAAUCUUGUGUUUCAUAACUGUGAUAUCGUGUGUUUUGUACAGUAAAACUGUCAUUAUGUCAAGGGAUAUCAGAUCAUUUUUUAGUGUGAAAAAAUCUUCUGGAAAUGAAAAGACACAAGAUGUUGUGAAAAAGCCAAGCCAGAGAAAAAGAGUAGUUGUGAUUGAUUCUGAUUCUGAUGAGGAAACUAACAGAAAAUCAUCUAAGCGCAGCAAGACUUCUGUGGCUGUUGAAAACCCUAAAGAAAUUAAAAAGGAAGAAGAUUCUAAAACCAAAUCAAAAUAUUUUGAGCCGGAAAAAGUUAACGCAAGUGAUAUUUUUAGCUCCAAGCCAAUAAAAAGGGACAAUGCCCGCAAUAUAAUUAAGAAAGCUGUUCCCAAGGAGGAUAAGGAAUUCCAUAUUGAUAAAGAUUUGGAAUCAGAAUUGUUGAAUCUUGAUGCCGUUGGACUUGACAUACUGGACAAAAGUACGACUGAUUCUCACAUAAUCAGUGAAACAGAUCAGGAUAAUAGUAAUUCAAUCAGUUUAAAAUCAACCGAUGAAUUAAAUUCAGUAACAAAUAAACAGAGUCCUGAUCUUGAAAAAUCCACACGUGCAGAGAAACAAAUAGAUAAAACUGAAUGUGAUGAUAUACCAAGGAAAAAGCUUAAAACAAAGGGGGAUACAUUUUUGUCUGAAAGUAUUAAUACAUUUAAUAAAGUUAAAACUAGUCCUGUGAAAACACCAGAAACUAAUAACAAAUAUAAGUCUCUUAGUAAACUAUCUCUAAAAUCGCCAAAGAAAUCACCAUCAGAAAAUUCUUUAUUUAAGAAAUCUCCUUCAAAGAAGACAUUAACCUCGAGUACCAUUCCAAAGACAUCACCGUUUAAAAAAAGUUCGUCUUUAGAUAAGCCUAUCCACAAAAAUCAAAAUGAUAAAAAGGAGUUGAAGAAAGACUCAGAAAGUAAUAAAGCUAUUUGCUCAGAACCUGCAGUAAAAAGUAAAGAUGCAAAAGAAAAGCAGCAUUCUACCAAACACAAUGAAAAAGCCUUUUCAAAAACGUCACAAAAAGAUACAAAUACAUUGUCGAAGGAGAAAUCUGUAACAUCUGACAUGAAAUUAGAAGAAGUUAGUAAAUUGUCAAGUGCUCUUAGUAAUCUGUGGGUAGAGAAAUACAAGCCAAUUACAACGAAGCAAAUCAUCGGCCAGCAGGGAGACAAAAGUUGUGUCAAUAAACUGACGACUUGGCUUAGAAACUGGCACCAUAACCAUUCAGGACAAAAGAAGUUGGUAAAGCCUGGUCCUUGGGUAAAGAAUGAUGAUGGAGCGUAUUUUAAAGCUGCUUUACUGUCAGGUCCACCUGGUGUGGGGAAGACAACUACGGCCCAUCUUGUUUCCAGAGAGUUGGGGUUCGAUGUGGUUGAGUUCAAUGCUUCAGACACUCGGUCGAAGAAACUGCUUCACCAAGAAGUAUCAGAGUUGUUGUCAACUAAUUCUUUGUCGCCAUUUUUCACAGGUAAAGGAGAUCAGGUAACCAAGAAGCAUGUGUUGCUGAUGGACGAGGUAGACGGUAUGGCUGGCAACGAAGACCGAGGAGGUGUACAAGAGCUGAUACAGUUGAUCAAGGGUGCACGAGUUCCUAUCAUUUGUAUGUGCAAUGAUCGCAACCAUCCCAAGAUACGCAGCCUCUCCAACUACUGCUUUGAUUUGCGGUUCUCUAAACCCAGAACUGAACAAAUCAAGGGUGCAAUGAUGUCUCUCUGUUAUAAGGAGAAAUUGAAGCUAACUCCAGAUGCUUUGACAGAAAUUAUAGCGAGUGCUAAUCAAGAUAUAAGAUUAAUAAUAAACCAUCUAUCCAUGCUUUCUAUGGAAAGUAGUGGUUUAGCAAAUAGUACAAAGCAUAUAAAGAUGGGGCCUUGGGAUGUUGUGAGGAAAAUUUUCUCAGAGGAAGAACACAAGUCAAUGUCUAUACAUGAUAAAUGUGAUUUAUUCUUCCAUGACUACAAUGUAACGCCUCUCUUUGUGCAAGAGAACUAUUUAAAUGCUGUCCCUCACAAACCGGAGGCGAAAAAUAAAAUUAAGAAAAUAGAGCUGUUUGCAUCAGCAGCGAGGAGUUUGAGCUUUGGUGACUUGGUAGAGAAAAAUAUUCGUUCUCAUAAUGCUUGGAGUCUUCUGCCAGUACAGGCAAUUUUUAGUUCAUUAGUUCCAGGGCAAGUUUUAGAGGGCCAUAUAGGGGCACAAAUUAAUUUUCCUGCAUGGUUUGGAAAAAAUUCCCGUCAGACGAAAAUGAGUCGUCUUCUACAAGAGCUGACUGUACACUCCAGACUCAAGAUAUCAGGAAACAAAGAAGCGAUGAAUCUGGACUACGUGGUGCCCCUGGAGAGGAGCAUAGUUUCACCACUGGUACGGGAUGGUUCAGCUGGUAUCCCCCAAGCACUGUCCAUCCUUAGCGAGUACAGUCUGGUCCGAGAGGACCUAGAGAGUCUGUCAGAAUUGUCCUCAUGGCCAAACACCAAGACUUUAUUUUCCGAAGUUGAAAGCAAGGUUAAAGCUGCAUUCACCAGAGCCUACAACAAAACCAGUGUUCCAACACCUUACGCCGCUGUACCAAUCAAGAAGGGCAGUAAGGCAGAUUUUGACAGUUUGGACACAGUUCCUGAGGAAGAAGAAGAUGUGCCGGAUGUGGAAGAGGAGGAAGAGGAUAGCCUGGAAGUUGAUUCAAUGAUAGUGGUUAAGAAGAAGACGUCAGCAAAAAAAGUUGACAGUGCCGGACCUUCUACCUCCAAAGGGAACAAGAAUUCCAAAAGAGGCAGGAAAAAAUAAGGUUUUUAAAUCUGAUAUUCAUAUUUAUUUUUGUGAUUGUAUUAUAUAUUUCAGAGCUUUUACAUGUUUAUUAAAUAUUUUACAUCACAUUGUACAUUUUCCUCACCUUCUCAUUUCAUUAUCAUAUUCACAUUCUCAUACCUUCUCAUUUACAUACUAAGUUGUUAAAUUGUCUAUAGUUUUUGUGUAAACUUUUUAUUUUAUAGUUUUUUUUCUGUUGGUAAAUAAUAGUUAUACACUGAUAUGUAAUAACAAACCCUCCACUUACUGUUGUAUAUUAACAAAUACAUAUUUUUUCACCAACUU